AAAAAAAAAAAAAAAAGGGAGACGAGAAACUUCGCUUUCAUCGCGAAAUCAGGAAUCCGACUCGAGAAAUUCCUGAAUGUCGUCAAAAAAUUUAGGCUUCCAGCAGGAUUUACGCGGAACCACUGUGGCUCUAAUGCGAAUAAAAGUGAAGAUUUCUCGGGCGAUCGAGACGGUGGUAGAAAGUGGUCAGCCAAUGAGCUAAGAAUGGUUCCUACCGUUCAGUUCCCAACUCCCGUAGUCCAUGGCAGACACCAUUGCUGGCUAAACCUUGGCUAACAGUACCGUGACACUUCUUUCUUUCAGUGAUUCGUCGACUACGAGUAUGUUCGUGCAUCACGAGCCAACAAAUUGAAGAUUAUCUUUGUACAUUUACCUUCGGGUGUAAAUGCUGUGUAAAUUUAAUCAAAUUCUAACGGGAACUAGAAAAAACGAUUUUUCGUGAAGGAUGACGUCGGAAAGGAGUCGAUUGCUGCUCUGUGUCGUCGUGUUCAUCAUUGUCGCAGUUCACGGGCAGAAAAAUGCUAAGAAAGAGGAAGAAAGAAAAGACGAAGAAUUCAAAUGCCCUGAAGGUCAAGGUAAUGGCAAUUUUGCAGAUCCAGCUACAUGUAGAAGAUUUUAUCAGUGUGUCGACGGCUAUCCAUAUUUAAAUCGAUGUCCAUCAGGACUACAUUUUGACGAUAUUAGUAAAUUUUGUACUUUUAAGAAUGAAGCACGUUGUGGACCUAUUGCCACAACUCCACCACCUAUUACUGAACCACCAACUGAUUUAGCAGAAAAAUGUGACCCUGCAAACUGUCAGUUACCUUAUUGUUUCUGUUCAAGGGAUGGUACAAUAAUUCCUGGUGGUCUCCAUCCAGAAGAAACACCACAAAUGAUAAUAAUGACAUUUGAUGGAGCAAUAAAUCACAAUAACUUUGAUCAUUAUCAAAAAAUAUUUGCCACUGAUCGAUUAAAUCCAAAUAACUGUCCUUUGAAAGGCACAUUCUUUAUUUCUCAUGAAUAUUGUAAUUAUAAUAUGGUGCAAAGUUUAGCACACGAUGGACAUGAAAUUGCUACUGAAACUAUAUCAUUACAGAAAGGACUAGAAGAUAAAGGAUAUGAGGAAUGGGUUGGAGAAAUGAUAGGAAUGCGAGAGAUACUUAAAUACUUUAGUAAUAUUUCAAUAAGUGAAAUUGUAGGCAUGAGAGCUCCAUAUCUAAAGCCAGGUCGAAAUACUCAGUACAAAGUACUGGAAGAUUUUGGAUAUAUAUAUGAUAGCAGUAUUGGAAUUUCUCCAUUAAAAGUACCAAUUUGGCCAUAUACUCUUGAUUAUAAAAUUCCACAUGAAUGUAAAGCAGGCACAUGUCCUACUAAAUCAUUUCCAGGAGUAUGGGAAUUACCAUUGAAUGCACAUUAUGUUGAAAGUUAUGAAGGAGGACAUUGUCCUUACUUAGAUCAAUGUGUUCUUCAUAAUCAUGAUCCUGAAGAAGUUUUUGAAUGGUUGCAAGAAGAUUUUAACCGUUACUAUGAGCAAAACAGAGCACCAUAUAUGAUGCCUUUUCAUACUAACUGGUUCCAAAUAAAAGAACUUGAACGUGGAUUGUCAAAAUUUCUUGAUUGGGCAGUAACAUUACCUGAUGUAUAUUUUGUAACAGCUACUCAGGCACUUACAUGGAUAACUGAUCCAAAACCAAUAAAAUCUUUGAAUAAUUUUGAAGGGUGGUCUUGUAAAAAGAAAGAAAAUCUUCCUGAACCACCAUGUAAUAAUUCUAAUAAAUGUGCUUUAGACUUCAAACCUACUGAAUCGAAUUUUACUACAACAAGGUAUUUAGAAACAUGCAGGGAAUGUCCUAAUAAGUAUCCCUGGUUAGGAGAUUCAAAAGGAACUGGACUAUAUAAUGAUAAUUAUAAUCCUGAAAAGAAAUAAAAGUGUUUAAACUUAGAAUGAUAAUUAGAAAGAAUUCAAUUAAUUCUUUUUGUUGUUGUUUAUAUAAAUAACAUGUAUAAUAAAUAUAAAAUUUUUUAACUUGAAUGCAGUUCAAGAUAAUAUAUUCAUCAAAAUGAAAAAUAUAUUAAGAGCAAAAUAAAUAAUAUAAGUUUCCACAAAAUUUGAGAACAUUAAUAAUAAUAAAAUGUAUUUAUAAAAUAAAUAUAUAACAGAACUGCAAAUUAAAAUUUUUCAAAUUAUAAAGCUAUUUUAUUAAUUUUAAUUAAAUUUUUAUACAAUAUGUAAUUUAUUCCUGUUUUCAUUUAUGUGUUUGUUUUUAAUAUACAAAUUACACAUAACACAAGUCU